AUGUUACUUAAUUCUACUGAAAUUGUGAUAACAGUCGAUACAACAUGGUGUAAUAUUUUAUGUGGUCUAAACGAAGAACACGUCAAGACACUCACUGGAUGGGAUACAUUUUCAUUGGAUUAUCAUGUCGAUGGUGUAUUGGCUACAAUAUCUACUGAUAGUUAUCGUUUUACGUAUCUAUUUUCGUUUAGUAUUCCUUGGAGUGCCAAAUCUAUGGAAUUUACAUUAAACAAAUCAUGGAAACAAUGGUUAUGUGCAACACGUUUAGGUUAUGACCUUAAAGAUGAUUUAUCAUUAGCAUUACAUUUAUUACAAUUAUUCCGUGCAGAAACAGCGUUUCAUUCAACACCUACAAUAUUACAUUAG